AUGUUCGAGAUACCGGUGAACGUGAACAGUAAGACGCUGUCGAACGAACGGAAGCUGCGGUAUCGGUACAUCAAUCAGUUCACGAGGCGAUUCGAGAGGAAAGAUGACCGUAAUGGAAUGAUUACACCGGAGACGUCGGAAGAUGAGUUGCAACAACGAAAGAAGAGAGACUGGCUGCAUGUGAUUGGAGAGUAUGGCAGUGACGAUGACGAGAGAUCAGGAGGACAGCAGGAUGAUGAAGAAGAAGAAGAAGAGGUCAUUGAUGAGGAUUACAAUUUGAAUAAUGAAGAGAGAAAAUUUUUUAAGAAGAUUGAUAAACCACAGGAAACGUAUGAACAUUGGCCCAGCCAUCGUAAGAAAACCAGAAUCCAGAGAGAUAUAUUGACGUACCAUCGUUACAAUAAAGUUAGCAGGUAUGUGGAACGGAAAAUGGCGAACUCUUUGGUACAUGUGAGUUCUAAAAACAGAUACCAUUUCAAAUGUAAAAUUGAUGGAAUGGAAAUAGUGGAGCCAUUGCAUAAGGGAGCGACUAAUUUCCAAUUGAAACAAAUUGAAACAUUGACGAAUUUACUUUAUUUAAACGUCAACAGAGGAAAUUGGGAAAUUGCAUACAAAAUAUUUGCCAUGCUGAUAAGAAUCCCAAAAGUAGAUAUUAGAUCCGUUUGGAACGUGGGAAAUCGUAUUCUUUAUGAAAAAGAUAAAUUGAGAUCUCUAGAGUUUUUGGAAUGGAUGAGUAGUGUCUAUUCCACCAGAGUAACUUUCAUUCAAGGGAUAAAUUACAGGUUCGAUCCCGUUUUCAGAUCUGGUUCCAAGAAUCAUACCCCCAAGUAUACAUUACAAUGGUUAUGGAACUCGUUACUAGAAUAUACGGAACAGUUAUUCGAAAAUGACGAUGAAAAUAUCGAUAAGCUUAUUGAUAAAAUAGCAGAAAUGGUUUUAAUUCCACCAUUCAUGGAUGAUCCAGAAAUUUGGUUCAUUUAUUCAAUGUGUCAUAUGGUCAAAGCAGACUUCCUUUCAAGUAAAUUUGACACGCAUUCUGUGGGUUCUAUGAGAGACAUUUCAAUGAAUCAAGUUAUACAGCAUAUCAAUGACGUCAAGAGAUACUUGAACGUGUGUAAGGAAAAGAGCCAAGGACAGUAUGAAAGCAAUGAAAUGAUAAUUACAAAGCAAUUGAAAGCAUUUGAAGUCAGACUGUACAAAGAACCGGUCUUCCCGUUGGAACCUGAGAAUGAUCUUGAUGGUGAUAAUGAAGAAGAAGUCGAUGAAAGCAAUGUCUUCGAAGAUAGUGCCAACUACUUUGAAUUCGAUGACACACAAGAGCAAUUAAACGACCUGGACACACAGCAGUAUUUCCACGACACAGACGACUCCAGUAGUUCGUGA